AUGCGAUUGGAUGGAAACGCACAAGUAGCUAGAGCCAUACAUGAUGAAUUAUCAGCACCAGUGCCCCCUAAAGAUGUGCAUUGUGCUGAGCAUCUUAAUGACGACCAACGCUCUUCAUUUGAUAUCAUUAUCGAAGCUAUUGAUGUAGAGAAUGGUCGAAUUUUCUUUAUAGAUGGUCCAAGUGGGACAGGUAAGACUUAUCUAUAUCGAGCCAUACUUGCAACAGUCAAGCUUAGAGGGAAAUAUAAAUUACCAGUAGCCAGCUCAGGUAUUGCUGCCACACUUUUCCAUCGAGGAAAAACCGCUCAUAAAACUCUUGGUAUUCCGGUUACGCUGCAUGCUUCGUCAACUUGGAAGUUUAGUAAACAAGAUGUAAAGACACAAUUGGUCAAGUAUGCGGCUGUCAUAAUAUGGGAUGAAGCAACAAUGACUCAUCGACAUGAGUAUGAAGCAAUUAAUCGUAGUUUAAGAGAUCUAACAGGGGUUUAUGUUCCAUUUGGUGGCAAGGUCGUAGUGUUUGGUGGAGAUUUUAGACAAAUUUUACCCGUUGUACCAAAAGGAACAAAGGCUCAAACUAUAGUUGCGUGUUUGGUCAGGUCAACACUAUGGACACAUGUUCAGCUACUUCAUCUCACUCAGAAUAUGAGAUCAAUACAUGAUCCGGAAUUUGCAACCUUUCUUUUAAGAGUUGGAGAUGGAUGUGAGCCUAUAGUUGAUGAAGACAUGAUAAAGUUACCAUCUUCAAUAUGUGUAGGAAAUGGUGAUCAAAUUUCAGUUGAUAAUCUAAUCCGUCAAAUAUUCCCAAACCUAACUAAGCACGUAGGUGAUGUGUUCUACAUGGUACAAAGAGCUAUUAUAACUCCAACAAAUGACGAAGUUGACAUGCUGAAUGAGAAGAUACUUAAAGAGUUUGCCGGAGAAGAAAAAACCUUUUACUCCUUUGACUCUGUUCCAGAAGAUCGUCAAAAUCUCUAUCAACAGGAGUUCUUGAAUUCAUUAUCGUUUAGUGGUUUUCCACCACAUAUUCUUAAGUUAAAAGUUGGCUCGCCAAUCAUGCUUCUGAGAAAUAUUAAUACAAGCAGUGGAUUGUGUAAUGGGACAAGGUUAAUAUGUAGUCGGUUAAGGGAUCAUGUGAUUGAGGCUGAAAUUUGA